GUAAGGCACAUGGUCCGGCACAACUGAUCAAUUAUAAAUACAUAAAGAGCAAAUGAUAACAGAUGGUGGCAAAAACCAACUGCAUGUCUAAUCCCAUCCACUGCGUGCAAAAAUGUGUAAUAAAGCUGAAAACUGGAAACCAUCCAUCAUGAUGAAGAUGAAGAUCAUUGUUAACGUCUUCGCCUCUCUCUCUUUUCUAUUCAUUCUUCUAAAUCCAACAAGGGUAUUGUCUAAAAAUCUAUCUGAUGUGAAAUUAGAACAUGCGAGCUCUCCACCUAGAGGUUGGAACUCCUAUGAUUCCUUUAGUUGGACCAUUUCUGAAGAAGAGUUCUUGCAAAAUGCUCAAAUCAUAUCUGAGCGUCUACUCUCUAGUGGAUAUGAGUAUGUUGUGGUGGAUUAUCUAUGGUAUCGGAGGAAGGUGGAAGGUGCUAACGCUGACUCUCUAGGAUUUGAUGUAAUUGACGAAUGGGGGAGGAUGGUCCCUGACCCAGAUAGGUGGCCUUCCUCUAGAGGUGGAAAAGGGUUCACUGAAGUAGCCAAGAAAGUGCAUGACAUGGGUUUGAAGUUUGGGAUUCAUGUUAUGAGAGGAAUAAGUACACAAGCAGUGAAUGCAAACACCCCUAUAUUGGACAUAACCACGGGAAAGGCUUAUGAAGCGGGUCAGCGAAAUUGGAGUUCACAAGAUAUAGGGCUUAAGAGAAGGACAUGUUCAUGGAUGCAAAAUGGUUUCAUGAGUGUAGAUACCACGUUGGGAGCAGGAAAUGCCUUCUUGAGGUCACUCUAUACACAGUAUGCUGAGUGGGGUGUUGAUUUGGUGAAACUUGAUUGUGUAUUUGGUGCUGACUUGGAUAUGUAUGAAAUAGUCACUGUGUCAGAGAUUUUGAAGCAACUUGACCAACCCAUAUUGUAUUCGCUAUCUCCUGGAACUGGUGUGACCCCAGAAUUGGCCAAGGCUGUGAGUGGAUUUGCGAAUAUGUAUCGAAUAACUGCGGAUGAUUGGGAUUCAUGGGGAGAUGUUGCAUCUCAUUUCGAUGUUUCAAGGGACUUAGCUUCAGCUAAUUUGAUAGGAGCUGAUGGCUUGCUGGGCAAGUCAUGGCCUGACUUGGAUAUGCUACCACUAGGAUGGCUUACCGAUCCAGCUGCAAAUGAAGGUCCACACAGAGCAUCUAACCUUACUGCAGAUGAGCAAAGAACUCAGAUUACAUUGUGGUCUAUGGCUAAGUCUCCUCUCAUGUUUGGAGGAGAUGUGAGAAACCUUGACAACGCCACAUACGACCUCAUAACAAAUGCUGUUUUGUUGGAGAUAAAUUCCUUUAGCUCAGGCAACAAGGAGUUUCCUUAUAUCACUAAUGGAACUCGUUCUUGGAUUGCAACUGGAAGAAAUGGAGAAAUAUAUCUUGCAUUUUUCAAUGUAAACACUGAUCAGACAGUAACGACUGCAAUGACAUCAGACCUGGCUAAGGUACUUCCUGGUAAAAACUUGAAUUCUUGUAAGUGCAAUGAACUAUGGAGUGGAAAAGACUUUGGGGUAUUAAAUCAGUCUCUAUCAACGGCGGUAGAAGGCCAUGGCUGCGCACUAUUUAUCCUGAACUGUAGUUAGCAUUGUGGAUAAAUUAAAACAAAUUUAGAUGUAAGAAGGCAAUGAUAAUUCUUUGUGAGAAAUUUUAUUGGACUCUGUUUCUGAUAUCAUUAUGUAUGUUGCCAUUUAAUCUUGG